CUUCCCGCGCAAUUUACAGUUGUCGUGCCGUUUUGUUGUUUAAAAUUUUUCAAAUUAAAUAUAAUUAUAUUCGUUAAUUUAUCAGUUAUUUAUCACCAACGACAUCUUAAUUAAUUUUCAAAAUCUCCCGGAUGCCUGACAAGUGAAGAGGACGUCGUGAGGGCAUCAGAGAAUUAUCAGCCGAAAAAACGCUCAGAUUAUUCGUGUUCAUCAUCAAAGAUGAACAGCCCUUGAUAAUCGGCGUGGUAGCUACAGAUAAUGCCGAGAAGCAGAAAUUAUUUGUUUGUUGUUUCAAUUGUUAUUAAUCGCAGAGCCAUGAGUGACAAUGAGGAAACAGUAGAUGUCACAGUUCCUUACGGUACUGGGUGGCAUAAUUCUUUAGAUAAGCUUAUAGAGAGUUUGGCGGUACCGGAAAUAAGGAAGGAAACUUUUAAAAAAAUGUUAUCCGAAUAUUUGCCGACAUGUCCGAUGGAGUUACUCGAGGAAAAAAUCCUUUCCAAAGCCUGCCCUUACUUGAAGGAAACGAUCUGCGAGUUGAUCGACGAGAUCGAGGCCAAAUUAGAGGACCCGGAGGUUCACAAAAACUUGGAGCCCACGACUUUUGAUGCCCAGCUCAUUGAAAUAAAAAAUCUCCUCACACGAUGGGAAAAUAUUUUGAAACACGUGGCUAGGAUGACUGGAGUGAAGCCGCCUCAUGUCGUCAGUCUUCUUGAAAACUUUCCCGCCAUCGUUACAAAAAUUUGUAUUCACUGCAAAGAAAAACGGUCAAAUUAUCCAAACCGCGCGCUUCCAAUUCUUCUUCAAGAUGUUUACCGCGAAACCUGUUCGAAUGUCAAACUUUUCUGCGGGUUCAUUUACAAAUCCUUGGACUUCCAGAGCGAAGAACAUUUUGAGCUGCUCAAAAAGUUGGUUAGUGAUUUAGGCGAAAUCGCUUCAAUUACUAUUUACUUCCUGACGACUAUGAUCCAAACCUGGAAGACCUUCGGCAAACUUACGUGUGAUUGCCACCGGAUUAUUAAAGAGCAUCAAGAUGCCCACGAUUUGGUCACGCGUAAUUUUAAAAAUAUUUGUAAUGACAUUGUGUGGGUCUACAAAAAUAUGGCGGAAACAAGCGAUGAUGAGUCAAAAGGCGGUAAAUGUAUGAACCUGUUACUAGAAAUACUUUAUCGUAUCCAUAAAAAAUAUUUGAAUUCUCAAGAAAGUGGACUGAGUCCGAAACCUCAAUGCGUACGAGACAUGAUAACUUUUCUCUUACAGUUAACUGGUUACUAUGCGUCGAAAAUGUAUAUGAGGGGUAAGCAAAAAAACUCACAGAAGAAGGAAAUUUUUUCGCACAAUUGGCCGGAUAUGUUUAUUAAACUGUACAAAAAUAGUCAAAUUUUACAAGAGGAAUUGAUAAGUAGGAAAGAAGAACUCGCGAGCGCUGAUUUUGAACAGUUGGUGGGAUAUCAUAUAUUUUUGCUGAAAAGCGACAUUGAAGUCGAUCAAAAAGUCCAAAUCGCUAUUAAUAAUUUAAAUUACUUUACUGAAGAGUGCAUGACCACGAAAAUAGAAAUACAGGAUUUGCACACAGAAAAAUCAGAAAAAACGAGCGCGAGUAUUUAUGAAUAUACGUUACAAAAUAUAUGUGAUUGUCUACGAGGGCCUAAUUUUAAAAACCACGAAUUAUUUAUUUUUAAAAAUUUACUGAGUGAAAAAUUCUGGCCUUCGCUAUUUUGUUUCGAUGUUCUGCAACAUUUGUACAGAUAUUCGAACGAAGAAUUUCCUUUUGCUCACAUAAACCUCCUCGCAACCGUCUACGAAAAUUUACACCUUCGAGAAUCGACUAGUCUCGCUGUGACCUUAAUCGGCAAACUAAUAAUUUCGAUUUACAAAUCAUUGAGCACUGACAAGAAAAAGGAGUUCCAAGAUACUUGUCAGAGCCCCGCCAGCCUUCUGUUAAUUUUGAAGUCCCCAAAAAUUCUUAAUUCUCGAGAGAAAUUGCUGAUAGCGUACAAAAAAUUGCUGAUGAUCAAGUCAUUAAAUUUGUCCUCGGCGCACCAGGAGUUACGGGUCCAACCUUCCGUCAAGAAUUGGAGCAAUCUGAUAAAUCUGCUAACUGUAAUUAGUAUUGAUAAAAUAGAUGACAACCCAGAUAACACCAAAGACCUCCAACAAAUUUUGCAAUCAAUUAUCGAUACCCUCAAUCAAAUCCACGAUGAUUUCAAGCAGAGGAUUAUGUACGAUUUAAUAUCGAUUUUAGUUAAUUGUACGCGAGUUCAAAAGUCCAGUGACGCAGUUGCACUCAACUGGAACUUUUUCCCGAUCCUGGCAAAGGAAAUCGUCCAUUCGGUGAAAUUACCCGACAUUUAUUUGGUCGAAGUCUGUCAUUGCAUUCAACGAAAUUCAAAAUUGCUCAAAAUCCCGCCGGGACAAGUGGAGACCCGGGUGAUAAUAAUAAAUCUUAUUUGCUAUUUACUAAGCAGCAGUUCCCCUAUAGUUCAUCAAGAAGCAUUGGAGACAUUUGAGUACAUUGUAGAAAAUGGAGCUGACGAAGAUUUAAUCAUGAAGUUAGGCUCCACUUUAACGAAAAAGUACAAUCUGUUAGAAGUUGUUCCCAAUUAUUUAAAAAAACGCAGUGUUAAGAAAUUAUCCCAUGAGUUUGCUGACAUCGCGGAUUACUUGAGAAUGUUUGCUCUCAAUUUGGAUAAAUUGGCGAGCGCUCACGAGUGUUUUACUAAAGAAACCCGAGAGCGGGAGGAAAAAAUACCAAAAAUUUCUGCAGACUCGGUUGAUGUGAGGGCCGACAAAAUGGCCGAUGACUUAAUAGAAAUAAUCAGAGAUAAAUAUAAUUUGAGCUCUAAUGUCCUUGAAAAACUCACCAAUGCAUGCCUUCAGUUUAUCGAUAAGUAGUUAUUUUAUUGUUUUAAUAAUUUUAAAUUCUUGGAAAACGAAUCGUAAUUUAGUCCGUAGAAAAAAUAAUAAUUUAAUGCUUUUAA